GCUUCAAUUAGGGUGCAGAUCUGCUUUUGUCGGGGGCCGUACCCAAAUCUGCUAUAUUUGGGUACGAUGACGUCACAUGCGUACCCAUUUUUAGCAGAUUUCUGCUAAAAAUAGCAGACUGCUAAAAAUAGCAGAUUUUACCAUAGUUUCCCCGACUGGUUUGGAAUGCGAGGUUUGAGAUGAAGUUUGCGGAAAUAUUUUGAUUAUCACCUUAAGGCUUUGAGAAUUGUAAGACGGACGGUCGGAAGACAUAAAAUAAAGGUGUAAGACCUGGUAUUACUGGAGGGUUUUAACGCUGAUAUACUUUCUGCUUCUUUUCAAACCAUUCAAAAAGGUGCUCCUUUGUUGCAGACUGCAAAGAUCCGCAUUCGGUGAAGCGGCCGCUGCAUGAGCAGGCCUCUGAAGACGCCACGCCCCCCGCCGCGGACGGCUGUCCUGUGCAGAGGGAGCACACGGUACGGGUGGGAGCCGACCCCAGUUACCCAACCAAGGCGGGAAGGUCGGCGGAGGAGGACUCUGCUUACCGGCGACUGGGAGAACAGGACGAGUCCCGACGGGUCACCUUCAGAGAUCCCACAGAUCGCGGUGCUGCCGGUCGAAUCACCCUCGAGUCGCGGCCCGCCCGCCCGGCGCCGCUGGCCCGCGCCGAGGCUGCCCUGUCUCAGGGCGGGGGCGGCCAGUCUCUGCCGGCGGGGGCGGGGGCGGCGCAGGGUGGAGUCCGCCGCCGGGAGCCGCCCGUCGAGGAGGACAUGGAUGAGGCUGGUCGAGUGGCCAGGCUGGAGCGGACCAACGCGGCGCUCCAGCGUGACCUAGCCUCUGUGCAGGAUAUGCUGUCGGCUUCACGGGCGGAUAGAGAUGACCUGGGCAUCAAAUACAACGCACUCAGCGAACGGCUGGAUCAGCUGAUGCCUCCGGCCGCCACUGACGAGCCGUCGGCAGAGUUUGACCCGCUGACCCCUGCUCGUGACCCGGGGUCGCCGGGUGGUGACCCCGGCCGGCCGCUGCUCCCUGACCCGGGCGGCGGUCUGCGGUCGGGCGGCUGGCGCCAGGACGAGAGCUACACCUUCCGUCGCCGACUAGCCGCCUACCAGGAGGCGCAGCGGCAGCAGGCGCAGAUGGUCACCAAACUGCAGGCCAAGGUGCAGCAGUACCGUCAGCGAUGUCUGGAGCUCGAGUCCCGCUCGGCAGGGGACCGGACCACGUCACCGGGGGAGAGGACAGAGCAGCGGGAGCGGACAGAGCGGUCAGGACAGGAGGGGGACCCGACCGACCUGGAGACGGCGCUCAUCCGACUGGAGGAGGCGGAGAACAGGUGCGUUACUCUGUCGGAGGUGAACUCGCUGCUCCGGGAGCAGCUGGACGCGGCCCAGGAGGGUAACGAGGCGCUCACCUCGGAGAUCCAGCAGCUGACGGCCGACUGGCAGCGGCUGCGGGAGGAGCUGGAGACCAAGGAGGCCGGCUGGAGGCAGGAGGAACAGACGUUCACCGAGUACUACACCGCCGAGCACGGCCGGCUGCUGCGGCUCUGGAAGGAGGUGGUGGCUCUGCGCCGGCAGUUCGGCGACCUCCGACUCAGUACCGAGCGGGACCUGGGCCGGGUCGGCGCCGAGGUGACCCGCACCGCGCGCCGAGCUGCUGACGCCUGUGCCAUGGUCACCCCGCCCGCCCUGCCUGCGGUAGCGGUAGCGACGGCAGCGGCUGGCGGAGAGCCGGCAGCGGCGGCCACUCCGGCUGCAGAGACGGCGAUCGUCUCUGUGACCAGUGUGAACGUGCUGGAGAGGCUGGAGGAGAUGCAGAAACAGCAAACUGACUUCAGGAACAAGAAACGAGAACUGGAGAACAAGAUCAGAGAUCUGACUAUGCAGGUUGAGGCCUUCCGCGAAAACCGCACCGAAAAGGAACAGGAGAUCGUUUCUCUAAAGAAGACCAUCAACUCACUGGAGCUGGACGCCGCCGAGCAGGCUCGCCGUCUCACCUCGCGUCAGCAGCUGGCCGAGGAGCACGAGCUGCUCUCCGCCGCCGUCCGUCAGGUGGCCCAGCUGGUGGUAGAGGACGCCGAGCGGCCCGCCGAGGAGGCAGAGAGGGACGCCGCCCUGCCGGUCACAGUGCAGGCGUCAGCCGUGGUCAGGACUCCCGGCCGACCGCCGCGGCCCGGCUCGCCGGCUCCUGCCGUUACGAUGGCCGACAGCGCAGUGACUGCCGUCCAGGCGGUGCUCAACAAGAGGCAGCUGCAGACCCACGAACUGCAGGUGAAGCUGACGGCCAGCGGCGAGCAGCUGUCGCAGCUGCGGCGGCGCUGUGAGACGUCCGACGAGCAGCUGCAGCAGCUGGAGCGGCAGCUGCAGGAGGCGCGCGACCAGCUGCAGGAGACGGAGCAGCAGCGGGAGGCGGCGCGCCGCGAGCUGGAGCGGCGCCGGCUGCAGCUGGAGACGGCCGCCGCCGAGAGGGAGCAGCUGGAGCGGGCCAGGACAGCGCUGAACGCUCAGGUGGAGGCGCUGAACGGGGAGGCGGACACGCUGCAGGCCAGUUUCACCGAGCUGCAGAAGCAGAAGGACGCGCUGGAGGGCGACAAGCUCUACCUCAGCGCCGAGAUGGAGCGGCUCAAGGCCCAGCUGGACGAAUGCCAGGGCCAGCUGUCGGAGCGGGAUACCCGCGCCGGCCAGCUGCGCCAGUCGGUCGUCUCCCUGAAGGAGGAGCUUCACUCGGCUCGGCUCGAGCUGGAGGUGCUGGCACAGAGUAACACAGAGCUGGACGACGCGCGCAGGAAAACGGAGCUGGAGAAAGGCGAGCUGGAGACUCAGGUGGCCCGACUGAAGACCGACGAGGCAGCGCUGCGGGACGCCCUGCUGAAAAUACAGAACCUCAACGAGGGCCUCGGCGUGGACAAGAUGGACCUGAACCAAAUGGUUCAACAGCUGGCGGCCGAGCGGGCGGUGUUGCAGUCAGAGCGGGCGGAGCUGGAGGCUGAACUGACCGCCCUCAAAGACGAGCUGCUGCGGCUCGAGCAGGAGGGUCAGCUGUCGGCCACCGAGAGGCUCGGGCUGCAGGAGACACUCACUGAGACCGAGAGGGAGAGGGAGAAGCUGGAGGACCAGGUAUCGGAACUGGUCGCUGACCAGGCCGAGCUCGAGUCCCGCCUGGCCACCUCCGAGAGGCAGCGGGCCGCACUCCAGGAGGAACUGUCCCGCACGCGACUGGACUACGAGCGCGCCAAGGCGGAGAUGAACCGGACGGCCUCGGAGAGAGAGACGCUGGCCAAAGCGUCUGGAGACCUGCAGGCGCGACACACAGCACUGCAGAAGGAGCACGCCAGUCUCCGCGAGGUGCUGGCCGCACUUCGAGCAGAGAAACAACACGCCGAGAUGCAGCUGUUCGAGAGUCGGACGGCGCUGGAGGCAGCCGAGGCGGCCAAACGGCAGCUGCAAAAGGACAACCGGCAGUUGACGGUGCGGAGGGAGGAGCUGCAGAACAAGCUGAACCUCACGCGCAAGGACAUGGACCAGGAGGGAGAGCGGCUGCGUGAGUCGGUGGCCGACUUCAAGCGGCGCCUGGAGGAGACCAAGACGGAGCAGGCGCGCGUGCUCUCCGACCUCCGGCAGGGUCACGACGAGGAGGUGGCUCGGCUGGCCAAGGAAAAGGACGAGGCGGUGCGCCAGCUGGAGACGCGUCUGCAGAAGUCGGUACAGACCUGGACGCUGGAGCAGGACGGCCUGCUGGCGCAGAAGGAGCAGCAGCUGCAGACGCUGCACCGGGAGCUGGAGAAGCAGCUCCGCUCCGGAGAGCAGCAGCUACUGGCCGCCGAGGAGGCCAAACAGCAGGCGCUCACACUAGCCCAGCAGGAGCAGCAGGCGGUGCUGGACCGUCUCCAGCAGUCCCAGCGUGAGCUGGACCAGUGCCGGACGGAGCUGGACCGGCUGAAGAGCGAGGCCUCCUCUCACGGAGAGAUGUCCCGCUCCAACCUGGGCGCGCUGCACACGGAAGUGGCCCGACUACGCUCACAGAUCGAGGACAAGGAGAUCGCGCACGAGAAGGAGGUGACGUCGCUGUCGAACCAGGUGCUGGACGCCCAGCGGCUCCGCGACGUCACCGACUCGACCCUCAGUCAGCUCAAGGUCAAACUCAAGGUCACCGAGGAGCACCGCGACCGGCUCGAGAAGGAGCUCAGUGAACUCAACCGGAAACUCAAGGAUGCCGAGUCGCGCCAUGACGAGUGCUCCCGCUCACUCUCGGACACGAAGCGCGCGCUCCAGGAGGCUGAACAUGAGGUGACCACCCUACAGAGCAGCAACGCCGACCUGCGCGACAAAAUCAAACGCCUCGAGGCCGACAAAGGCGAGCUGAAACGGUCACUCGACGAGGCCGGACAGAAAAUCGCCAUUCUGGACGCCGCCAAGGAGUCGUCCGCCCAGGAGUCUCAGGAGCUGCGGAUCCAGGUGCGGGACCUGGAGCGCACGCGGCAGGAGGCGGGCCGGGAGCUGCAGGAGCUGCGCCGCCAGGGCAAGCAGCUGGAGCUGCAGCUGCAGGACCGUCAGACGGAGCUGGCCGAGCUGCAGCAGCGGCUGGCGCGCCAGCAGGACGUCAGCGAGGCGCAGAAGACAGAGCUGAACACCGCCAAAAAUCAGCUGCGUGAGACGGAGUCGGCGCGGGACGGUCUGCAGCGGGAGCUGGCAGACUGCGAGCGGCGGCUGACGGAGCACCAGGACCGCUGGCGUUGGAGGGAGCGGGACCUCAGCGGCGCCCUGGAGGAGACGCGCGCCGCCACUCACCGGCUGGAGGACGACAAAAAGAACCUGGAGAUUCGACUGAGCGCCGCCAGCCAGGAGGCCGCCGACCUCAAGCUGAAGUUACUAUCCUCCGAGGGCCGGGUGGAGGCUCUGGAGGGUCAGGUCUCCCGUUUGGAGUCGGUACGGAGCGACAUGGAGCACAAGUUGACGUCGAUGUACUCCUCGCUGCGCCGGGUGGCUGGGAUCCGGCUGGACGGCGGUGGGGGAGGCCAGUGGCGACCGCCCAGUCCGGCCGGCAGGAGGACGGGACUGACUUCAGCCAGAGAAAGCACCGGCUCAUUCGGUACCCUUGAGGAGUUGGAGUCGCUCAUUGUUGGCAUGGAAGAUCGGGCGAACCGACAGGCCACUGCUCGAGCUCGGGGUGACGUGCUCGACUCGGAGCGCAGUGCCGUCCUGGAAUCAGUGGCCGGCGGGCCGCCGAACGCUGUGGACGUGGACCCGGAGUUUGUCCGACAGGGCCUGAAGGAUCUCAUGCAGCAGGUCAACAGGAUAGAGAGACAGCGGGACGAGGCGCAGUCCCAGGCUCAGUCUGUCGAGUCGGAGCUGGAGGAGCUCAGAGCCACCCACCGCGAGACCCGUCAGAAGCUGGAGACGUGUCAGCAGCAGCUGGCCGGCCUGCAGACCGAGAAACGCUUCCUGGACGCACAGCUGGCCGACACCAGGAGCCAGGCGGGGGCGCAGGAGGAGGCGAACAAGAAGCGAGAGCGCGAGACGCGCACGCUGCAGGAGCGGCUCGGCCGGCUCGAGACGACCAACACCAAACUGCAGAUGGAGAAGGAGGUGCUGGAGGAGAAGCUGGGCACCCUGCGUCGUCAGGAGUCGUCGGUGGACGAGGAGCGCCGUCAGCUGCGCCACUCCCUGGAGCAGCAGGAGGCGCGCGCUGCACAGCUGGAGACGGCCCGUCGCGGACUGGAGGGGGAUCUGAUGAGGGCCAGACAGCUGGUGCACGACAGAGACGCCGAGAUCGAGAGCCUGCAGUCUCGCCUGGAGGAGGCGCACAAGUCUGUCACCUCAUGUGAGGAGCGGUGCGCCCACCUGCGUCUGACGGUGGACCGGCUGCAGCGGAGGGCGGCCGCCGCCGACACGGGCCACGCGGAGAGCGAGGACCGUGUGGCGCAGCUGUCUACUCAGCUGGCAGAGGCCGGCGCGCAGACGGCCCACCUGCAGGAUCAGCUGCAACAGACCCAGCGGCAGCAGCAGCUGGCCGAGCAGGAGCGGGCGGCGGCCGAGGAGCGUCUCUCGACCGUCCAGCAGACCGUCACAGAGCUGAAGCGGCACAACGAGCAGCUGGUGGAGCGGAGCGGCGACACGCAGAGGGAGCUGGCGCAGGAGCGGCUCUCGCGCUCCCAGCUCGAGCUGCAGGUCAAGACCAGCCAGCAGGGUCUGGAGCAGCGUUCCGGUCGGGAGCAGGAGCUCCUGGAGCGUAUCAGGCGCCUAGAGACGGACAAAACCGAGCUCACCGACAAACUCGCCGUACUCCAGCGCAAACUGUCCCAGAUUGAGGUGGAGAAGAAGGACCUGGAGCGAUCCCAGGUGCAGCUGGAGAAGGACCGAGCCGCCCUCAUGAAAACGCUCGACAAGGUGGAGCGGGAGCGUCUCCGCGCGGACGAGACGGCCACCAAGUCGACCCUGGAGCGGACGGCGCUGGACCGCUCCCUGUCGGCGGUCGAACAGGAGAACCAGCAGCUGCAGCGCCAGUGCAGCUCGCUCGAGCAGCAGCUGCACCAGCUGCAGCUGCAGCUGGCCCAGCGCGGCACCCAGGCGGCGCACGGACAGCUCGGCAGGGAGUCCCAGUUGGAGUUGGACCAGCUGAGGGCCCGCUAUGUCCAGCUCGAGAAGACGAUGCAGGCCAAAGAGCGCAACUACAAACAGCGGAUAGUCGGCCUGGAGCAACAGAUCCGGACCCUGAAGGAGCAGCUGUCGCAGGAGAUCCGCACCCGGCAGCAGUAUAUCCUGCGCAGCACGCGGGCCGGAGAGGAGAUCCGGGAGAUCCGCUCCUCGCUCGACGAGAGCCUCAGGAACGUCAGCGCCAACGAAGGUCUGGACGGCGCGGCGCUGGACUCUGAGUCCCGCCGGCUGGACUCUGCGGUUGACCGACUGCGCGGCUCCAGCGUCCUGCUGACCCCGUCCCGACUGGGCCGGUCGCCGAGACUGGUGGUCACCGCGCCCGGCAGGUCACGCACCGUCAGCCCGAGGUCCCCACGUCUGCGGGUGCCCGCCCCCUCACCUGGCCGGCGCGCCGCGACACAGACGCCCCCAGCUCGUCGUAACCUCGGCUUCCACUGACAUCUGGCGACCGCGCCUUGAAGCUAAAGUUCCUGCCGCCACCGCUCCUGCAACCAAAGCGACCAAUUUCAGCCGGCCACUGCCAGUCGAGUGCAAUACUUAGCUCUUGUAAUGCGACGUAGAUUAUAGGACGUAGUGUUUGUAACGAACGUGACUGCUCUCAUGUGUUGGGCGGUCAGCUGCCACGGCAGGUGGUUGUGCCGUCGGGACUGUCAGUCCCCCCCCCCGUCCCAAGUGUGCCUCUCGGAUUCACGGUAAUUUUUCAUAGGUGGGGUUUUAUCAACUUUGGGGACGAUUUUUUUAGCGUGGAGUCUUACUUUGGUUAUGUGUAACUGCUUGCGAGGUUUUGAUGUCAUCUGGAUGAGCUUUUAGUCUUUACACCGGUCAUUUGCCGAGUUUUACCAUUGCAUGCGAUGUUGUAUACGUUCCAGCAGUUUUGGCACAAUGCACAUUACGCCUGUAAUUUUUUAUGUCGUUUGCUUGUUUCGCGUCACUCCAUCUCCAUGCCACUCAUUCCACUCAUUGCUCAUUUUCGCUCAUUUCCACCUACUUCCUCAUCUCAUCAUGUGUCACCCAUUUCCAUUGAGACAACUGGUUCAAUGUUCAUUCGUUGCCAUCUUAUGAAUUAUGAUGUGAUCGCACCCCGCCGCCGCCGCCUCGCGUUCCGUCUCUGCGGUCAGACCGAGUUCGAGCUGCCACCCUAGCUUCGCGAAGCGCUCUGUAUCGAUGUACCGAGUCGUGCGGCACUGCCGGGACUCUGCUGAGACAGAAUCCCACGCCAGAGCCGACCACCGACCCGUCCAGAAGUCUAUGGCAUCACAGUGAACACCCACCGGUUCAACUCCCGUCGGCCGAACUAGUCAGUCGGCUGCUUCGGGUGAAACCUGAACGCCAUGGGUUCAAAGAAACAUGAGAAUUGACCUCAAAAUGAUGCCAAUGUGUAGUUUUAAUAUGUUUUACCGUUGUACAACACAGCACUGCCAUGGCCUUUUGUUUCAUGCACGGGUCAGUUGUAAAGUCCACCUUUUCCCGUUAUGUUUGCCGUUACGGGGAACAGGAGUCAUUGUUCGGUUACUGUGCAUGUCAGCAUCUCAGCGUUGCAUCAUUUGACCUCCGCGCCAGUCAUGUGUUCUUAGCAGUCUGUAUGUGCUCGCCUUGGCGUGUGGCGUGUUUGGUUUCGCGUCCCGAGGCCGAAUAGGAAAUACAGCCCCUUUCUACCUGC